AUGUUAAUAUUAUUUUAUGUAUGCAUUUCUCUAUCUAUAGGAGGAUCUACAUUAAUGUUAACUCAUUUAUUCUUUUUUGAUAACCUUAAGGUAUUUGCUUAAAGAAUCGUUGCAUGCCUCUCAAUAUCAGAUUGUUUUUAUGCUUUCGGAUUACUUUUGUAUGUGGAACCGUCAUUUGAUGGUUAUGAUAUUACUAGGUUAUUUUUAUUCAUAUUAUAAAUAGAUGUACAAUACAGGGAGCUGUGACUUAAUUUGCAAGAAUUUGUGCCUUUCUUUGGAGCACAUCAAUUUCAUAUUUUCUAUAUGUAUCAAUUACAAGAGGGUAAAAGUAAUUGAUUUAUUUUUAAAGAUAUGAAAAAUUCAUUUUAAUCAUAGGUAACUAAUAUCUUCAAAUAGGUUUCGCUAUCCCAUGUUUAAUGGCAACAAUUCCUUUGUUUUUUCAAUCUUAUGCACCUACACCUGCUAAAGUACCUGCUAUAUGUUCAAUUAAUUCAAAUGAUGAAAAUAAAUCAAUUGAAAAGAAUAGGAGUUUAAGUUUAUAUCUUAAUCUUACAUUAUUCUAUAUACCAUUACUUUUAUCUUUAAUAAUAUCUGUCUAUUUCAUAUUGAGAUCAUAUUUUAAGAUAAAAAGAAUAAAAAGUUAAUACGAAUUAUUAAAUAAACAAAUAAAUAUUCAAUUGAUGUUUGCACGUAAUUUAAUACUCUAUCCAUUGGCUUUAUUUAUUUGCUGGUUGCCAUCUCAAAUAAUAUUUCUGAUAUUUGUAUUUAAAAAUACUUGGAUAGAGUAAAUAUAAUAAGAUUAUUUUAUUAAUUAAACUGGAACCUAUUAUUACAUAAGAAUUAUAUAAUAUGGAGCUAGUUUCUUAUAAGGAUUCUUUAAUAGUCUUGUAUACUGGUUCAAUAGUUAUUAAAUGAGAAAGAGACUGAACAUAUUAGAAAGGGCUAAUUUAGAAUAUUAAAAAACAAAAACCUUCCUCUCAAACAACAAUGAAUAUAAUGAAAACAGAAGUAGUAGCUAAUUAUCUAAUAGUUUCGAAAAUCUUUAAGAAAUUUGA